AUGAAUCCCAUUGAGGCAUUGAAAGCAAAGAAGCAACCCACCCAAGCAAAGAACCAACCCACCCUGGAAAAGAACCUUUGUGAACCAUUUAGGAUGGUUAAUUCCAAUAUAAUAUGUAAAGUGUGUAAUAUUACGCUUCCAAGUGAAGAGUACAUGGACUCUCACAUAAAAGGGUGGAAGCACUUGCCUAAGAUUCAAACUUGA